UCGCACGUGAACGAAUAAAUUGAUAUUUCUUUUUGAAAAAUACACGAAUAAAUUGAAAAAAAAACUCUUCGUAGAAAAAACUCGUUUGACCCAAACGCACAUUGAAAAAUUUGAGUGAAAAGACCAAGUACGUAACGCGAGUUCUUCAUCAUUACCUACCUACUUCUUUUUAUUCUUCUCUAUCGAGAACGAAGCAAAUAAAAACAAAAUUGUCCCUAUUAUUCAAUUAGGUACCUACAAAACAAAUUACCCAAUUAUACCCGAAGGUAAAAAAAUCACAUCACAUCAAAAGAGUUGUUAAGCAGAUAUUUUUGUACUAUAUUCUAAACCGUAAUUCCCAUUCCCUUUUAACUAGAUGCCAUCAGCUGAUGUUAUUUCAUGGCAAUUUUUUAUCUGGGUAUUUAUUUCAACGUCAAGCUACUUAGAUACUUGCUAGUAUUGUUAUUAUUUUUAUUGCAUUAAUGACGUCCUAAACGAAAGUUUGAAAGAGAAUCGUGAAAAUAAAUUCAGUAUAUUUUAUCAUUUGAAAAUGAGAGAAAGUAUUAUAGAUAAACUAGAGAGCUACUUAGAAAUUCUACAGUUACGAGCCGAACCAGAUUUCAGGGCUGUGAAAUUAUACUGGGAGUACCCAAAACAUGGAGGUAAUUUUUACGGAUUUCAAAUACAUUAUUGCGAAUUACAAGCUUGGGGACCGAAUAGAUGUAGAACGAAGGAAGUUGACAAGACGUCCGGACUGGAAUCACUCGUUAGUAAAAAAUUUCAAAUGUAUUCUGUAAUAAUUGGUUCACUUAGAAUGGCUACAAAUUACUCAUUUGAAGUAAGACCACUAGAGUCGAGACACGAGUCACAAAAUGCCAAAGAAUAUGGGAAAACUUUAAUAGUGCCUACGAAAGGAUUUUCAGCAAAAGCCAGUCUAUGUUUACCGGACGUGAGCGAGGUGGAAGUAUCCACUGGGCCUUAUUUCGGCGGUAGAAUUGCUGUAGAGAGUUCCAACGGAGCAAAAUCCGAAAGCUGUUCGGUAGGAGGCGAUGCGAGCAGUGCUAGAGAUACUUAUACGUUGAGAAUAGAGCAUAAAUAUUGCGGCAGUAUGGUCAACAGAACUACUGUUUCAACUUUCAUUCUAGUUCAAGAAACAUUACCUAUAUUAACGCAUAGUACUCGUAGGUUUUUAGUAUUAUGCACAUUCCAGCCAGAAACUCUAACCGUUAGAGCUGGGAUCAAUUUACCUCAUACUGGCUUAGGUAAUCAUAUGGGAGCAACUUCAGCCAUGCCGGUUAAAAACGAUUACACGUUCACUAAUGAAAUUUUAGGCAACGAUGUACAAGCUGCUUCACUAAUGCAAGUUAACGACGCUGGUCACCAUUCUAGAAGUUUCAAAGAACAUUCAGAUCCUCAUUAUUUAUUAAUUUCGGCUCUUUUUCUAACGAGCAUCAUCGGCAUUGCCCUUACAAUUUGGUGGAUGGUUCCUCUGAAAAGAAGUAUUUCCUUCAGAAGUAGAAAAUCCAAUUUAUCAAUAUUUUCAAGUGAUUCGUCAGCCUACGAAAAUUACUCCAAUUCUAUGCGCGAUAAUGUUUCAAUCACCGAUAUAGAUUUUGGGAAUAUUUUAGAAGAAAAUAAUUACGCAGUGUCCGAAGGAUGUAGAAAUGAAGUCUUCAAUCCUGCACUAAGUACUCUCAGCAAUGAAACGAAUUCCUCCAGCAGUCAAAUUACUGUAUCGAUUGAGGAACAAAGUCAAUCUGAAGCUUAAUUUUUUAUCAUUGCCAUAAUUUAUUUUUUAAUUUUGUAUUUAAAAAAAAAACCUAAAACAAGAAAAAAAAGUAACGUAAUA